AUGGCGCAGACGACGUUGAUCCAAGCCUUCCAAGCCUUUACAGGGCAACAGCAGGAGAUGGACGACCGCACUUGGGUGAAAUGCCUCAAGGAUGCGAUGCUCCUGGACGAGGACUUCACCACGGUGGACGCGGAUUUGAUCUUCGCCCGCGUCAAGGGAAGGGGAGCUCGGAAGAUCGACUUCCAAACCUUCCGACGGGCCCUGGGGGAAGUGGCCAAGAAGUGGGAGAGCAUGACCCAAGAGCAGGUGGAGGACGUGAUUUGCCUGGCCUCCGCGCCGCACUACGAGACCACGUUGGACGAGAAGACCCUGCAGGAGGUAGCGCAAGAGGUGUUUCGUGAUGAUCGCUGGGAGGUCGCACUGAGGAACCUGGGGAGGAGGUUGAGGCCUGAGCAAGCGAAGCGUUUGCUGCAAGAUGGCGCGAAGACCUAUGGCUUUUGGCAGCUGCCCGAUGAUGCACUGGAUGGGCUGGUGAGUCAGUUGCUGAAUCGAGAGGAGAUGAUGAGCCCUGGGCUGCAGCAGUGGGCUGAUUCCAUGGAGAAGAAUGUCACUGCCGUGGUCCCCCAAAGCAUCAAAGCGCCGAAGUCAGAGGCGACUGAGAAGAGCCAGAAGACUGAGACCAGUCAGGUGGGAGAGCCCGUCGUGCAGCCCAUGAAGACCUUCGCCACCAGUCGCUUCAGUGUCGACCUGGUGACCUUGGAUGCCGCCACCUCGGGGGAGACCGGCGUGAACGUGUCGCGCUUCAUUCAGGAAGAGCAGUUGCCCAAGGCAAGGACGGUGGCAAUGAAGCCCUUAUCUGGACUUCCUGAUUGGAAGGGGCAUUUGGUGAGCCCCAACUAUUUUCGCAUGAUUAAUGGCAGUCUCCACCUCGUGGUCCUCCUUUGCUCCGCGGGCUACGCCUUGGAUUUGGUGACCAGCAAGUACCCCUUGGCGAUUCCUUUGUUCAGCUGGCCCAUCUUCUUUGCGCGCCUGGGGGGGAUGGCCACGGCCAUUUGGAGUGCCUUGUUGUUCUUGAGCAUGUGCCGAAGUGUGCUGACGGUCCUGUCCAGGUGCUGCCCCCGGAGGGGCGCCAGCUUCUGGUUUACCUUCUUGGAUUGCCACAAGGAUUUGCACAUUCAAGCGGGCAAGGCUUUGGUCUUCUACUCUGCCGUGCACAUUGGAGGCCAUGUGAUCGGCACCGUGCCGGGGGUCCUCCAGAAGAAUGUCAGCGAGCUGAACCAGUUGCUGAGCUGCGCACAAGAAGACCCGCCCUACGUGGCCGACUGGGAUCUGAGCUUCUUCCAUUGGCCGCAUUGCCCUCUCUCGGAGGAGGAUAAGCCCAUGAACUUCACGGAGGCCUUGUUUCUGACGAUGCCCGGCUUCACGGGUUUCCUGCUGGUGGUGGUGCUAGCGGGCCUAUUCUUGACCAGCCUUCAGAAGUUCCGCACCGAACGCUUUGAGGUCUUCUCGAAGAUCCACAGCCUGGGGAUCUUCUUGUGGCCGCCUUUACUCUUCCUUCAUGGGUCGCAGGGAUGGGUGGGAAUCGGGAUCCCAUUGGUGAUCGUGGUGUGUGGCCUCCCAAUCCUCCUCUACACCCUCACACGAUUGGCUCGGUUGCUCCGCUACUACCUGAAUGCUCGCACAGUGCGGAUCUUGAGAGCUGUGGUCCGCCCAGGGCAAGAGGAGCCCGUGGACGGUGCUUUGGUGCAAUUGGAGCUUUCGCGUCCCAAAUGCCUCUGGCAGUGGAAGAGGAAUGCUGGCAUGUAUGCGUUCAUUUGCAUGCCGGAGUAUGCACCGCUGCAGUGGCAUCCCAUGACCAUCACGUCCGGCAACGAAGAUGAAACGGUGAAUUUCCUCAUCGCGGGCAUCGGCGAUUGGACGCAGGAAUUGGCCCGACGCUGCUUAAGCGGGAAGCUGCCACGUUUAGCCUUGGAUGGGCCCUUCACUGCACCCACUCAGUCGGCCCUGGAGAAGCGCGUCUUGGUGGCCGUGGGCGCCGGGGUCGGUGUGACUCCCUUCAUCUCGCUGCUCUCUACACUGGUGGCUGAGCUGGUGUCGGAAUCCAAGCAGCACCGCCUCGUCAAGGCUCACUUCUAUUGGAUGACCCGAGACCCAAUGGAGUUCGUCUUCGCUUGGCAGAUUCUGCGGAAAUGGUUGCGGCAGGACAUCCUUCAGUCGAAGAUCUUUGUCCACCUCUAUACUACAGCCAGGGAUCCCAAGCAGAAUUUGUCCGCCUUCCUCUUCAAGGAAGCCGUGAAGAGGCAGUGCUUGGUGGAUCGAAGGCACUUCAGGAGCUCCCUGGCCCAGUGGCUGGAACAACAAGAGGUGCAAACUCCUGGACCGCAGUUCCCCUGGGCCUGGGCCGAAGGUGGCAACGAGGAUUUGAUCUGGGUGAAGUGUCCCUCCUUCGACUCCGAAGGAAUGGCGUCCUCCUUCCGGACCAUCACAGACCGCGGCAGCGCAGACCGCUUGCAGCCAGAGGUGGAGGGUGACCCCUGCGACGAGCGGAUGGUGCCCAUUUGGUUCGGAAGGCCCAACUUCAAGCGGGACAUCUCGUCCAUUGGCAAGGCGAGGCCCGACAUGAACGUCCACGUCUAUGUCUGCGGCAACGAUGACUUGGUCCGGGGCUUGCAGUCCAUCUGCGACAGCUGUGCUCAGGAGGCUUUGGCGAGAAGCCGCACAAGGAAGGGACCGCUGCAGAAAUACGUGGUACACUAUGAGAGGUUCGGGUGA